AUGGCCGCGCUUUUCUUCUUCCUCGCUGCGACUCUCCUUGCCUCACUGAAGGCCUUCGACCUGGGCCAAUCUACCCGAUGCGUGGCUAUCCCCAACCAGAUGAAGGUAUGCAAAGACGUGGGCUACUCCGAGAUGCGGCUUCCCAAUUUCUUGGGUCACAGCAACCUGGAGGCCGAAGUGGUGCCCCGCUCUGAGGACUGGAGGCCCUUGCUGCAAACUGGCUGCCACCCCCAAGCACAAGCAUUCCUCUGCUCUCUCAUCGCUCCCGUCUGCCUUGACACGUUCAUCCAGCCCUGCCGUAGUCUGUGCAUGGCCGUGAGGGACAGCUGUGCCCCUGUGCUCGCUUGCCAGGGGCACCCUUGGCCACAAGCACUUGACUGCGAUCGCCUACCUGCUGAGGAAGAUAUGUGCCUCUCACCUCAUGCCAAGUUCAGCCAAUUUGCUAAAGACCUGCCUAAAGCAGCCUGUCAAAACUGUCCUGCAGUGGAAGAAGCUCCUGCUAUGAAAACAGUCCUUGAUGCUUUUUGCCAACAUGACUUUGCCGUGACCGCAAAGUUGCGCCGCCGGCGCCUUUUGACAGGUGAGCCAGAGUUCGAAGUUGAAGGUCGCGUUGAAUUCAUCCGCCAGGGCCCGUUGCUCCCCUAUGACACCCACCACCUGCUUCACCAAUGGCUCCUCAUCAAUUUGCGCUGCGCUAACACGAUGGUGCGGCCUGGACGCUUGCAGCUCUACGUGUUGACUGGCUCGGUGCGGUCUGAUGGCACUGUCACCAUCGCCCGCCUCUUCCCUUGGCACAAGAAAGACGCCAACAUUGCCGUUGCCACACGCAAGUGGAAGCAUCACCGAUGUUGA